AUGCCGAUUGAUGAUGUACUAACUCUCGAUAGAAAAAUUAGAGCAUGUCUUUUUGACAUGGACGGGUUGCUUAUCAACACCGAGGAUAUAUAUACGGCAACUCUAAAUGAGAUCCUUGCCCAUCAUGGUAAGGGUCCACUGACGUGGGAUGUCAAGAUCCAUCUACAAGGUUUGCCAGGUCCAGUCGCUGCUGAAAAAGUCAUUAAGACCUAUGAUCUGCCACUGACCUGGGAAGAAUACGAAAGACUGAAUGUUGAAGUUCAAUCGAACAAAUGGGGCGACUGUGCUUUUCUACCCGGUGCUCUUGAGCUGAUCAAGCACCUGAAAUCCAAGAACAUACCAAUUGCUCUCUGUACUUCAUCUGGUAAAUACAAAUUCGAGAACAAGACCAAGCAUUUGCAACAUGGCUUUGAGCUAUUUGAUGCAGUUGUUACCGGUGAUGACAAGAGAAUCCCAGAGGGCAGGGGUAAACCAUUUCCAGACAUCUGGCAAGUUGGUUUGAAACAGUUGAACGAAGCGGAUGGUACCGAUAUCAAACCGGAGGAUUGUCUUGUCUUCGAGGAUGGUAUCCCAGGUGUGAAAGCUGGUUUGGCAUUUGGUGCCUAUGUCAUUUGGGUUCCUCAUCCCGGUGCGGUCGAAUACUUGGGUGAUACUGUGCAGCUGUUGAACGGGAAUGGUGAGAUCUUGAAAUCUCUUGAGGACCUGGAAAAGUCCAAGUACGGCCUUUGA